AUGACGACGGCGGCGUGUUUCCGCAGCAUCCACGACUGCGCGUCGACGGGGAGAGAAAACGACGCCGUGGUGGCGGACAUGGACGGGACGCUGCUGAGGGGGAGGAGCUCCUUCCCCUACUUCGCACUAGUCGCAUUCGAAGCCGGCGGCGCCCUGCGCCUCCUCUUCCUGCUGCUUCUCUCUCCUCUCGCCGGAUUUCUCUACUACUUCAUCUCGGAGUCGGCCGGAAUCCGCGUGCUCAUCUUCUCGGCCUUCGCCGGACUCCGCGUCUCCGACAUAGAGUCGGUGGCGCGGGCCGUGCUGCCCAAGUUCUACUCCGGGGACCUCCACCCGGAGUCGUGGCGCGUGUUCUCCGCCUGCGGAAAGCGCUACGUGCUGACGGCGAAUCCCCGGAUCAUGGUGGAGGCGUUUCUCAAGGACUUUUUGGGAGCCGAUUUGGUGAUGGGGACCGAGCUUUCCACGUUUAAGGGGCGAGCCACGGGCUUCGUCAAGCUGCCCGGGGUUUUGGUCGAUGAGAAUAAGGCUGCCGCGCUUAGGGCCGCAUUCGGCGAUACACCACCGGAGAUUGGCCUCGGCGAUAGGCAUACUGAUUUUCCCUUCAUGAGUUUAUGCAAGGAGAGUUACAUAGUGCCGAAAAAACCCGAAGUGAAGGCGGUGAGCGUCGAUAAGCUCCCGAAAGCGGUGAUAUUCCACGAUGGGCGCCUCGUGCAAAAGCCGACGCCCUUCCUCGCUCUCCUCAUCAUACUAUGGAUGCCGGUAGGGUUCCUCCUAGCUUGCCUCCGCAUAGCAGCCGGCGCUCUCCUCCCUAUGCCGCUCGUCUACUACGCCUUCUGGGCCCUCGGCGUCCGCGUCACCGUCAAGGGGACCCCACCGCCGCCGGUGAUCAAGUCCUCGGGAAAAUCCGGCGUCCUCUUCAUCUGCUCCCACCGCACCCUCCUCGACCCAAUCUUCCUAUCGACCGCCCUCGGCCGGCCCAUCCCGGCCGUGACCUACUCCGUGUCCCGCCUCUCAGAGAUAAUAUCCCCCAUAAAAACCGUCCGCCUGAGCCGCGACCGCGCCACCGACGCCGCGAUGAUCAGGAAGCUUCUCCAGGAGGGGGACCUCGCCAUCUGCCCCGAGGGCACCACCUGCCGGGAGCCAUUCCUCCUCCGGUUCUCCUCCCUCUUCGCGGAGCUGACCGACGAGCUGGUGCCCGUGGCGAUGGUGAACCGGAUGAGCAUGUUCCACGGCACCACGGCGCGGGGGUGGAAAGGGAUGGACCCUUUUUACUUCUUCAUGAACCCGAGCCCGGCCUACGAGGUCACUUUCCUAAACAAGGUGCCGAGCGAGCUCACGCGCGGCGCGGGCAAGUCCAGCCACGACGUCGCCAAUUACAUACAGAGGGUGAUUGCGGCCACGCUGUCGUACGAGUGCACGGCGUUUACGAGGAAGGACAAGUACACGGCGCUCGCCGGAAACGAUGGCACCGUGCCGGAGAAGCCGAAGCAAGCUAUGGGGUGCUGAGUCAUUUUUGACAUCUUUUAUUAAUAGGCAUAGGCUAAAAUACAAGCAACUUUGUUAAUGUCCUUUAUAUAUACAGAACAUAUUACU